CACGUCGUGAGCUGCUCAGGGAUCACGCCUCAUAACAGCCGUUUCUCACUUCUUUCGCUCAUUCAAGCUUGAUCCCACAAAGAUACCGCCCUUAGGCCAGCCUUCACUUCUACAUUUACCCGCUUAAAGAGCGCCUGCCCCUCCCCCACCUCAGCAAGUGGCAGCUGCCUGAUACACGGACGGCGCAGACUCACGAGUGCAACGCAAACAACUGCAGCCACGCCUGGCACUGCUCAAACAUUCAUCUUAGAUUGCUCUAUCACUCUACGACACACCUUCACAACAAAUCCACCAUGUUUGCAUCUAGGCGAUUAGGCAAGGAGCUUACGAAGAUGCAGGGUCAGCUCCCGCCCGGGAUAACACUAGUAGAGGCAGACAACCUCGAGAACUGGCUUCUGGACAUUCAGGUGCUUGAUGCAAACCCAAUCUACGCGGGUGAAACGUACAGGCUCAAGUUCACCUUCAGCCAGAACUACCCAAUUGAGGCUCCCGAAGUAGUCUUUGUUAAGGACGACACGCACUCAAUACCCUGGCACCCACACAUCUACACCAACGGCAUCAUCUGCCUCGACCUCCUCGACCGAUCCGGCUGGAGUCCUGUACACAACGUGGAGAGCGUGUGUGUCAGUCUGCAGAGCAUGCUCACGAGCAACACGAGGAAGGAGCGACCAGAGGGAGAUGAGAACUUCGUCAGAUACAAUACUCAGAGGCCGAGGGACAUUAACUUUGUCUUUCACGACAACAAGGUCUAAGAGCCUGGUGGCUGUCUAGAGGUGACGGCAUUGGACAAGGCGUAUCGGUGACUUUAGUGAACGGCGUUCGUUGGGUUGGGUCUGUGGAAUUGUCAUUCCAUAUUUAGAGAACUAUGGCGUUAUAUGGCAACAAGAGCUUGAACACCCAGAAUAUACCCAGCAAUGAACUUUUCAGUCUUUGAC